AUGCCUCCUAGGAAGAAAAAUGACCUUGCAAUUAAAAUGGCAGAUGGUGGUUAUUAUGCAAUAUUUAUUAACAUUUUGAAUGAUUGUGUGUAUUCCUUCAUAGUGGGAAUAGAAAUUGAUGGAGAUGUAGACAGUGGGAGUGAGGGUGAGGCCAAGAAGAGAAACAGAAGAGCAAAGCCCUCUUCACGAGCUAGGGGACAGAAGGCCAAACAGUCCACCAGUGAGGAUGAAGAAGAAGAAGAAGAGGACAAGACACAAAGAAGAAAGGGUCGUAAAAAAAAUGCCAAGCCACAGGACAGUGAGGAGGAGGAAGAGGAGAGGAGCGUCCAGAGGAAGGGCACAAAUGCCGCUGGCAGAAAGAAAAAGGCACCGAAGGAGGAGAGUGAAGAGGAAAGUGAAGAGGACGUACGAGGGAAGAAAAAGAAGGGUGAAAAAGUGACUAGUAAGAACCAGAAAGAAGAGCAGAACAAGGAGAAGAAGGGCAAUUCUAAAGCCAAGGGAGGAAAGGAGAAAGAGAAUGAGAAAGACAAGAGGAAGAAUGAAAGGUACAGUAAGUGUAGUAGCUCGAAUGAGACAGAUUCUGAGGAGGAAGAGUCUCUAUCAGAGGGGGAGAUGGCUGCUCUAAAAGAGGAAGUGGAAGAGAAGAAGAAGAUGAUAGCCACUCUAAGGAACAAACCAUGGCGCUUGAAGAGGAGGCUCCAAAACCUCAAGGAAUGCCAGACUUUUGUGGAGAAAUUUGAGGGUGCUCUAGGAAAGGGCAAAGGGAGGAAGCUCUACGCCUACAAAGUCAUGAUGGCAAAGAAAAUGAUCAAGUUCAACCGGGACUUUGAGAAUUUCAAAACGGCCUGUAUUCCAUGGGAGAGAAAGAUUAAAGAGGUUGAGAGUCACUUUGGGUCAUCUGUGGCUUCCUACUUUCUCUUCUUGCGUUGGAUGUUCGGUCUAAACAUGGUCUUGUUUGGAUUUAUGUUUGGUCUCGUGGUUCUGCCAGAGGUGUUGAUGGGUCUUCCGUAUGGGUCGAUCCCCAGGAAAGUUGUUCCCAGAGCAGAGCAGGCUAAUGCAAUGGACUACUCCGUUCUCCUGGAUUUUGGUGGCUACUGUCAAUAUUCUAUUCUCUUUUACGGCUAUUAUAAUGAUGCGCGCACCAUCGGAGUUUUCAAGUUCAGACUGCCCCUCUCCUACCUACUGGUUGGCGUAGGCAUAUUCGGUUACAGCCUGAUGGUUGUCAUUAGAAUGAUGGCCCGUAACUCGAAUGAGGGCGGGGACGGUGGCGACGAGGGACAGUUCACCUUCAGCUUUAAGAUGUUCACCAGCUGGGAUUACCUCAUCGGGAACCCAGAGACAGCCGACAACAAGUUUGCCUCCGUCACCACCAGCUUUAAGGAGUCCAUCGUAGAUGAACAGGAGAACCAGAAGGACGAGAACAUUCAUCUGCGAAGGUUCCUGCGCGUGCUAGCCAACUUCCUGAUCCUCUGCUGCCUAGGGGGCAGUGGCUUCCUGAUCUACUAUGUGGUCAAACAAUCCCAGGACAAUGCAAAGAAAGAUCAGGAUGAGCUCACCUGGUUUCAAAAGAACGAGGUGGACGUGGUGAUGUCCCUGCUGGGGCUCGUUUGCCCCCCCCUCUUCGAGACCAUCGCUGAGCUGGAGGAGUACCACCCUCGGGUGGCCCUGAAGUGGCAGCUGGGACGCAUCUUCGCCCUGUUCCUUGGCAACCUCUACACUUUCCUGUUCGCCCUGUUCGACGAAGUCAACGAAAAGUUGGAAGAGGAGAAGUCUAUUAAGAACGCUACCAUGUGGAGCCUGAAAGAGUACUAUGCCAACUACAGCUCCUACCACAACACCACAGACGUCCCCCCUCUGGAUAUCGCCCCUGCUGAUGUAGUCAGAGGGCCGUGCUGGGAGACCACCGUUGGCGUAGAGUUUAUGAAGCUAACUGUCAAUGACAUUGAAGUUACAUAUAUAACCAUCCUGAUUGGUGACUUCUUGCGAGCGGUCAUCGUGCGUUUCCUCAACUACUGCUGGUGCUGGGACCUGGAGGCUGGAUUUCCAUCUUAUGGGGAGUUUGACAUCAGUGGCAAUGUGCUUGGACUAAUCUUCAAUCAAGGAAUGAUUUGGAUGGGUGCCUUCUUUUCCCCUGGCCUGGUGGGGUUGAACAUCCUACGUCUCAUCAGCUCAAUGUACUUCCAGUGUUGGGCCGUGAUGGCCACCAACGUGCCCCACGAGAGGGUCUUCAAGGCCUCCAAAUCCAACAACUUCUACAUGGGUCUCCUCCUCCUGGUCCUCUUCCUCAGCCUGUUGCCUGUGAUCUACAUCAUCAUGACCAUGCCGCCGUCCUUCGACUGUGGCCCGUUCAGUGGGAGGGAGAAAAUGUACGAUGUCAUCUUGGAGACUUUGGAGGAGCUACCAACCUUCAUUGGAAAUAUUGUGGGAUACGCAACUAAUCCUGGACUGAUCUUAUCAGCAGUGCUGCUGAUGGUGUUGGCCAUCUAUUAUCUCAAUGUGACUUCCAAAAACUAUGAAAAUGCUAACCUGGAACUGAGGAAAAAGAUGCAAAUGGCUAGAGACGAAGAGAAGAACCGGAGGAACAACAAGGAGACUACCAAUCAGGCCAUGCAGUAUCUGGAGGACCUCCUGCCCAACCGCUCUCUGAUCCCUCCUCCUGUCGUGGAGGAGCCCCCACCAGACAAUGUGAUCGAGAAGGGCAGGAAAUCUUCCAAGGUGGCAAAACAUCCUGGAGCAGCAGCCAAUGGGAAGGGGGUUAACCUUCAGAAGGAUGUUUCAUUGGCUUCACCAAAUCCCAGAGCAGCUGUGACCCGCCCCCCAGGACCAAGGGGUCCUCCUGGACAUGCCAGAGGACCACCUCCAGGGCCAGGGCGGGGCAGAGGGAGAGGUGCACCUCCUCCUAGACGCUAAUUGAGUGAAAAACCUGGUACUAGGAUGUCCAAACCACCCUUAUGGUAUGAAUCAGGUUGCUCUGCAUUGCAAAACCUUUUGCAGUGCAUGUCCUAAAAAAAGAAGAACCUAAGAGUCUGAAUUAAGUUCUGUAGGUUGUGUUUGUAACCCAUUGUGAAUCAUGACGCAGCAUGCUUCACCUUAUUUACAAAGAGCGCUUUAGAUUUAAAGCAGCUAAAAUGUUCUCAUGUUCU